AUGACAUAAUUGUAGAAGAUGGACAGUAGAUUAGUUUCAGAGUUCGAGAAUGAUAUGAAGGGAUCUCAGAAUGCUAUAAGAAAUGCUCAAUGUCACAAAAUCUUUCAAGGAAGGGGCAAGAAGUACAUGAAGAUCAAGUAAGACACCAAACAAUAGCUGUAUUGUAUGGUGUAGAAGCAGGGGAUGAAAAUAAAGGAUGUACAUAAUCGAAGUUAAUGAGUUGUUUAGGCUGCUCUAAAAUUAGGUAUUAAAUACGCAACAGCGAAGACCAUAAUAUUUCAUCAGAGAUAGAAGAGGAAGGCGAAAAGGGAAUGCGGUGAGAGAAUGUGUGGAUACACUAGAAGGUAUGGACAAAGGAGUUCAAGAUUGAAAAUCAUAAGCAUAAUUGGAAGCGAAGUGGUGCAUCAAUAAGAUUACAAUCUGUGA